CUCGACUCACUUUCCAACGCUCUCUCGUUUCAACGUCGUCGCUGGUCAUCGUCUUGAUCGUCUUCAUCGUCUCCAUCUCUCCAUCAUCCCAUCUACACACGACAACUAGAACACAAGACAAUCCCCACGCUCCUCCCCUCCCCUCCCCUCUCCUCCCACCAUGUCUUCCGUCGCCGAGCCAUCCUCGCCCGGCGAGUCGUCCAUGGCCACCUCCGUCUACGACUCAAACUCCGAGUACGACUUUGAGGCCCGCGCCCAAAAGUGGCACUUUGCUACUCAGGUCGUCGCUACAGACUCGAGCCAGAACCAGCACGGCGCCAGUGCUACCCCCAUCUUCCAGACCGCAACCUUCAAGGGCAUGGAGGGCCCCUACGACUACUCGCGCAGCGGCAACCCCACCCGUGGCGGUCUCGAGUCCCACCUCGCACGCCUCUACUCUGCUUCCUCGGCAUUCGCCCUCUCCACCGGCAUGACAUGUCUCGACGUCAUCCUCCGCCUCGUCAAGCCCGGAGAGACCGUCCUCGCCGGCGACGACCUGUACGGCGGCACCAACCGUCUCCUCACCUACCUCUCGUCCCAUGGCGGCGUCGAUGUCCGCCACGUCGACACCACCAAGGUCGAGGGCGUUCUUCCACACCUCGAGCCGGGGAACAAGGUCAAGAUGGUUCUCCUCGAGUCGCCCACUAACCCCCUCCUCAAGAUCGCAGACAUUGCCGCCGUGUCCAAGGCCGUGCACCAAGCUGCCCCCAACGCCAUCAUUGUGGUCGACAACACCAUGAUGAGUCCCUACCUCCAGCGCCCGCUCGAGCUUGGCGCCGACAUUGUUUACGAUUCCGCGACAAAGUACCUUUCCGGCCACCACGACCUCAUGGCCGGUAUCAUUGCCGUGCGCACCCCCGAGCACAGCAAGGAGGUCGCAUGGCUCAUCAACGCGAUGGGCUCGGGUCUCGCACCAUUCGACUCGUUCCUCCUCAUGCGUGGUGUCAAGACUCUUGCCCUCCGCAUGGACAAGCAGCAGGCCAACGCCCAGAUUGUCGCAAACUACCUCCACGAGCUGGGUUUCCUCGUUCACUACCCUGGCCUCAAGAGCCACCCUAGCGCCGACAUCCACUGGAAGCAGGCAACCGGUGCUGGGGCCGUCCUUUCGUUUGUCACCGGCGACAAGAUGCUCUCCGAGCGCAUCGUGUCAGGCACGCGUCUGUGGGGCGUCUCGGUGUCCUUUGGUGCCGUCAACUCUCUCAUCUCCAUGCCCUGUCUCAUGUCUCACGCAUCCAUUUCCCCUGCCGUCCGCGCCGAGCGCGGCCUCCCCGAGAACCUCAUCCGCCUCUGUGUCGGCAUCGAGGACCCCCGCGACCUGCUCGAGGACCUCGAGACCGCGCUGAUCGCCUCCGGUGCGAUUGUUCCCUGCAACGAUGACUCGCUCCUCUCCCACGACAAGCUCGAUGCGCUGUACGCGACCGAUGCGCCUGAAUGGGGCGUCCAGCGUGCUCGCUUCUUCAAGCGCCCUCACGACUCAGAUCUGGCCGAGGGCGUUUCGCGGGGCCUCACGCUAGGUGGCGAGGCCGCUACCGCCAAGGUCAAGACGCUCGACAGCGACAUUGUUGUGUCUGCGCCAGGCAAGGUCAUCCUGUUUGGCGAGCACGCGGUCGUGCACGGUGUGACUGCUAUUGCUACGUCGCUCAACCUCCGGUGUUACGGCGUCCUCUCGGGCCGCAACGAUGGCAAGGUCGCCAUUUCUGCGCCUGAUCUCGAGGCUGAGCACGCGUGGGACAUCUCCGAGCUGCCGUGGGCCAAGGUGCCCGUGCGCGAGGGCAGCACUGCCCCCGCUGCGCUUGACGAGGCCCUGCUGGCGGCGAUUGAGGAGCUCGUGUCCAAGGAUCACCCGACCAAGACGGGCUUCAGCGCCUCGGUCGCGUUCCUCUACGUGUACAUGACCAUGGCUGUGUCGGCGGACAAUGCGAUUGCUGCUACGCUGACCGUGUCGGCCAACCUGCCGAUUGGUGCUGGCCUCGGCUCCUCCGCCGCCUUCUCGGCAUGCCUCGCCUCGUCGCUCCUCUUCGCCCACGCGCACGCGACGGCGCACUGUGCGCCUGACCCGGCGGCGAUUGACCUCGUCGACUCGUGGGCCUUCCUCGCCGAAAAGGUCCUCCACGGCAACCCGUCGGGCAUCGACAACGCCGUCGCGGUCCGCGGCGGCGCGGUGGCCUUCACGCGCGCCGUAGAAGGCAAAGAGGGGGGGCUGGACGCGAUGGGCGGCUUCGCCUCCAUCCGCCUGCUGCUGACGGACACACGCGUGCCGCGGGACACGAAGAGCCUCGUGGCGGGCGUCGGCGCGCUCAAAGCCGCGCAGCCCGCGCUCGUCGACCCGAUCUUGGCCCGCAUCCAAGCGAUCUCGGAGGAAGCCUCGUCGCUCCUCACGGGCAACACCGCGCGCGCGACGCUCAUCGCCCGCCUCAGCGCGCUCAUGCGCGAAAACCACACGCAUUUGCGCACGCUCGGCGUCUCGCACCCCUCCCUCGAAGCCGUGGUGGAGACGACGGCGCGCGCCGGCCUCGCCACAAAGCUCACGGGCGCAGGCGGCGGCGGGUGUGCCGUCACCCUCGUGCCGGACGAGUUUGGGAGUGCCGAGCUCGACGCGCUCACGCGCGAGCUGAGCGCGCUCGGCGCACGCCCGUAUCUCACCACCCUCGGCGGCCCGGGGCUGUGCGUGCAUGUCCUGCCUGCCGGGAGCGGCGGCGUCGGGCACUCGCUCAAGCGCGCGGGCAGCGACAACCUCCAUUCGUGGAGCGAGGGGCUCGGCGGACAGUGGGUGCAUGCGUAGGAGUAAAGUUGUAGAGAUGAUAUUAUUGCCUUUUG